GAUAACAUUUGAAAUGUAUAUAAAUAAAAUAACCAAUAAAAAAAGAAAGAAAAGGAAACAUGUCCAUUGGGCAUGUAUGCUCAAAACAGAGUUCUCAAUGCUAAUGAGGUACCUAGAGGCCUGGAGGGCUUAGCCAAUAAGCUUCCCUUCCCAGACAUUCCUCCCUGUAAAUGGUAUUUAAUCUCAAGCCUGCCCUGAAAAGUGGGGUAUGGUUUUACAUAUCCAUUUUCCGCCAUGACUGUUUAGAACCAUGAACUGUCUCUUUUCAUCAAGAUCUGCUGUGGAAAGCCAUGAAGAAGGCCUUCACCUACAAAGACACACCCUAAUCUCCAGUAGAAAGCCAGUCUCUGCUCCCAGGUACAACAGCCACCAAGCCUGAAUCUGCCAGACAAGGACAUCAUCCCUGCUGGGACAAGCUGGAUCUCCCCUUCCCACCUCCCCUCAGCUCCCCAGGCUAAGUGCUGUCCCCAGCAUGAGGGCCCCUGACUCCAUUCUGUGCUCUCCCACUACUCCAGCUGUACCUGGAUGUCCAAGAGUCUGAGAACUCCACCGCCCGGGCCUUGUCACAGCCCCAGGGACCCCGGAACCAGUUCUGGCCUUCCCAGGUCUCAGUCUGUGCUUCCCCAUAGCCCAGUAACUGCGCCUGCAGCCACGUGGGAUAAAUAGAAUCAAACUCCUGCUUUCUGCCUCCCCAAGCAGCUGUGCCCUGUGGCAGAGCUAACAGGCCUACAAACAUAUUUCUAUGCACUGUGGGAUUUCUUUUUUAAGGAAAUAAUAAUUAUGUAAGGGUAUGCACAUGCUGCAGCAUGCAUAUGGAAGUCAGAAGGCUACUUUUUACAGUUGGUUCUCUUUCUACUUUUAUGUAAGGGAUAGAACUCAGGUCAUCAGGAUUUGAGAAGCACUUUUACCUACUGAAUGAUUUUACCAACCCAGGGCCACUUUGUGGAAUCAGUUCCUUCUUUCUGUCAUGUGGGUUCCUGAUUAUCAAGAUUAGGGCAAAUGCCUUUAUUCACUCCACCAUUUCACCUACCUAGGAUUUGUUUCUUAUGCAUUUUUUAUGGGUCUCAUAAAUUAUAGUAGCUAUUUGAUUCAUGACUUCAAAAAUAAAUUUCUUUUUUUACAAAGACUGAUCAAUUUAUUAAAGAUAUAUUAAACAGUAGAUUCAUGUAUUUUGGAAUGUAUUCAUUGCUCAGAAUCUGCCAUCUAAGCUCUAGUAGCCAUGGAAACAAAAGAAUGUUUACAGUUAUUUCUUAUAGUUGGCAGUCACCAACAUUUGGACUUAAUAGAAGAGGCAAAGAAGUACUUCCACUCUUCUUGUGAGUCUGUCCAUCUGUGGUUAACAUUUCCUGCUACGGUGUAGUGAAUUUGUAAAUCUGUCAUCUUCCAAAUGGAUCACUUCACCUACAAAACAAAAAGAUUUGCAGGGUUGAAGGAAUGGAUCUUCAUAUUGACUGGCUUCCUCUGCAGCCUUUUAUCUUCGGGCCUUGGCAUAAUCCUUGCAAGAAGCAAAUACUGGCGCCUCUGGGAAUUCAACAGUAAGGUUGUCCAGUUUGUGUACAUCGGACUGUGGGAGGCUUAUUACCAUCAGGAAUUUAACAUCUCUGGGUCGGCAACCAGAAUUCUGAUGCACAGCUCUAUCAACUCGACCUGGACCAUUUCACCUGAAUUUCAGUACUCGCAGAACCUCGUAUUGCUGGCAACGUUAAUAAAGCCUGUUGUCCUGGUUUUCAUCUCAGCAGCCAUUAGGGUCAGCUUUACCAAAGCCUCAUUACCAUACAUUCAGAUAGUUUGCUACAAGUGCUCUGUCUUAAUUCUGAUCAUCAGUAGCCUUUGUACCAUUAUUUCAGUGACCUGGAAUCAUGUGGUAGACCUCUAUGGCAAAAGCACCCUUGACUUUCCACCAACCUUUCCAGUUAAGAAAGAAGCCCUGAUAAAGAAACACAACACCCCUGUUUUUCCAAUAGGGCUCCUGACAACCACCCUGUCACUCCUUGGUGUGUUUACGUUCCUCAUUGAGAUCAGGGCAUUGAAAGUUCAGAGUAAGCUGAAUGCCCAGCAUGCUUCUAGACAGGCUGGUCAAAAUGUCUGAAAUAUGAGCUCUGAAAUUUGCAACAUCUGUCAGGAGACUCCUCGAAGAAAUUUCCCAGUUGCACACAAUACUUGUGUAGUCAUCAAUUUAUUUCAAAUAAAACAUCAAUUUGCUUCCUGGG